UACAACGUGAUGCAAAAAUCUUCAACAAAAUAACAGGUUAUGUAUAUAAACAAAUGAUUUUGUCACCAGUUGUACGUUUAAAAUAGGGCCAUUUCCUUACACUUCAUUAUUUGCAAAUGUUUCGUGAUAUAUCUUUUUUAGAAUUUUCUCAAACAAAGGGCAAGGGAACAUUGGCCAAAUGCUUCUGAAGAGGACAUUGCUGGCGACUGUAAUGAUGAGUUGGUCAAAACUAUAAUUACAUCAUUCAGAGGAACUGAUUGGACUUCGAUCCCACGUGCUUCGUAUAUCCGGCACGGUACAUACAUGAAUAAGUGUUGUCUGUGUCAGCUCGCCAAGUCGCAUUGGACCUAUAAACAUACUAUCCCCAGGGUCGUGACUGACAGGGGUACGGAAGAUGAUCAGAAUGAAGAAACAUGCGUCAUGAAAAUUGUAGGAAACGAAAUAGAAAACGAAAGCCGUUCCAUUGGACAUGAGAUAUCGUCCUCGACGCAAAACGAGGAACUUUGUGUAGAAAAUGGCUUUGGAAUGCAUAGUACCAUUUCCGAAUCAUCAGAAAACGCCGAAACAUGUAUAAUGAAAGAAGCGAACAAUGAAAACGAAACUUCUCAUGCAUUCGGCAUAUGUACACAAAGCAUAGAAGGAGGUACACCUCCGACAGGGGCUGUGGGUACUUUGCACCCGAACCCAAAGACAUAUCAACGUAGUGAAGUACAUGAUUCUCAGGUGCCUGGAGAUAUAACAUCUUUACAACAGCCACAGAUGAUUGCCACUGAAGAGCAUCUUUUCAGUUUGAGCGAUAGCGAAAUGUCUACAGCCUUGAAUGAUUUUGAGAAGGUCGUUGCGGUACCUUACGAGGAGGAAGAGCAAUGUUUUCUAGGAGAAAGAACUAUCGACGAGGAGACACAAGAGAAAGUGUAUAUAUAAAUACAAGUUUUAAUUGGUCGAAAGUACAUUGUGAGAGAAUGACGUAGCAUAAGUGACACUUAUGUGACAUAACUUUAAAGAGGUAUUUCGUCGUUGAAAUGAUUAUAUGCUAAGCAAUAAAAAAAAAAACGAGAGUUAUGCGAUUUUCUAAAAUAGUUUAUCAACUAUACCUUAAUAAGACACACAAAGUUAAAAGAUAUCAAAAAGACCUCAUUAUUAAACGUUUUGAUAUUAUUACUAUAGAUAGGAACAUAGACAGACAGGUAUACGAAAAAAAGACGGACGCGACACUCCGUGGUAGUGAUGAGGUCACUAAAAGCACAAAAAAGGUGAGGAAAUAAUGACAGGCAAUAUAGGUAAAGUUAUAAAUAGUCAAAGACAUAGUGCACACCCAGAUAAAGUCGCACUGUUUCUACCCACAGGAUACUCGGCAGUCUGACAGACUUGAUAAUACGUUAUUAACGCUCGUAGUUACCCUUGCUACCGUACUGACACUAAAACUAAAUAUUUCUUCGUCGAACCACAUUUGAUAACUGUUUAAAGUUUAUUGUAAAUUAAUUUUAUCUUGGUACAUAUCUAUAUGAUGUUUAUUUACAUCACACGUUUCGUUAACAUGACACACGUGUCUGUGCCCUGUUGGACCCAUAUGCGAUUGUAUAAAUUCAUUUUCUGUGUAAUAUUUUUAAUGUUUAAAUAUCAUAAACUCAUUAUCUUAUUUCAAUUUCCACAAAUGUUAUUGACAUAAAAAGUCAAAAGGAUUUGACAUCAGGCCUAGCCUAUCUUAGUCUUCUGCUUCGGGUAUCUAUACAAAUGUAGUUGGUAUGACAUAUAGACAAAUACAUAUAUUAUUCAAUAUUCUUUUGGAAAAUAACCUUUUAACUAGGGUAAUUAAUUUGAAGUACUUACUAGACUAUUAUGUUAUCAGUGAUUGACAGUAAAAUAUAAAUAAUUGACUUUCAUAUAAAUAUACAAUGGAUCACAAUUGUUUUUGAUAUUGAAUUCCCCCCAACAUAGUCAGGCCUUAGAGCCCAUAUGCAUAACACAGGACAUACACUGAUGAGGAUCAAAAACCCAUUUCAGCAAAAGGAUAUUUAUUUUUGAGUAACCCUAACCAACUCUUGCAAAUAAUAUGAUUAUUCUUUAAUCAAUUUGAAAGGAGUAAUUUCAUAUUGAUGUUUACAUUAUUAUUUCCAAGAAAGAAACAUAGUCUAUUAAUUUCAUUCAACAUUGAUGAGGAAAAAAUCAAAAUAAUCAACAGUACGACAUAAUGGGGCAUCAAGUAUUCUGUUUCAUCAUAAAUAUACGGUUGAAUAAUUUCUCUGAGGUAAUCUUGAGUUUCAUUCUUAAUUAUUCUAUACAUCAAAAUGAGGUUAAGUUGUUUUUAUCUUUUGUAACUCAAAGUUUCCCAUCCUAAUUCUGUGUAUGAGUUAUCAUGUGGUGUUACCCUGCGUAUACCUGUAAUUAGUUCAGAAGCGGGAGACAUACUCGGUGUGUCGUAUGGCACACUUUCUUCUGAUACGUCUGCUGUUUUCAAGUGGCUACCACCUCUUAGAAUUAUUUCAUAUUUUCGAGAAUGCGUGUUAUAAAAAUGUAUCUAUGUAUUGGUGUGAAAUAACCUGAGUAACCGUGUGAAGGAUUUUCAGAGCCAACAAUGUAGUUGUUCAAAAGCACGGAACAUCGCUGUAUUCAAAAUAAUUGUUACAUGUGGUAGAUAGCCUAUGGCUGAAAAAUUUAAUAAAGUCUUUCUGAGUGUAA